GAGCACGUGGGAAAUUUGUCCGCGCGAAAUAUGUCGAAUACGCCCCAGAAUAUAUAUGGUAUCAAUAAUUCAGCGGACGCUUACUAUGGGACACUUUUCUCGCACUUGUCUUAUGGAAUGGGUGAGGGCAAUGGAGUAAACUCAGCUACAACCCCAAAUGCAGAAAAUGCAGCUGCGGCGGCUGCCGCUGCAGCCUUAGCAGCAGUGGCUUCUGGAAGAAACGAUUGGUCUAAUACUGAUGGUUAUAACGCUGUUUCAAACAUGAUAAAUAAUAUGCGUACACAUCCAUCAAUGGCAGCUUGCUCAAAUUCUGGGGAUUUAUCCGAGUCUUGUAAUAUUCCAUCCAGUUCUUUAUCGUCACCUUAUGCUGCAACUUUGUUGGCUGCAGUUGCUGCAGCAGCAGCUGCAGCUUAUCCACUUCCUCAGGGUGCUGCAAAUGCCGUUUCUGGCCAAACAGGUCGGUCUUUCUUACCUAAUCCCUCAAUGAAUAAUAGAGCAGCUGAUUUCACAACAAUGUACUUUGGUUCUUCCACAAGACCAUCUGUUACUAAUGCUAACCAACUUAAUGGGCUUCUUGGUAACCUACCUAAUUGGCCUUUCACUGUUCCUCCAACUCACUAUCCAAACUCUUCAUUUAUAGACAGACCUACUGGUGCAGUCGUUCCUUUUGAGGGCUGGGCUUCAAAUGGUCAACAAUUAACACUGUCACCUUGUGGUGAAAAUGAUGCAAUCAGUCACUUUAGUCAAGGUCCAUCCGAAGCAAAUAUGUCAUCUAAAGACCCACAUACAUAUUAUACAUCAUCGAAUAUGGGAGAUACUGUUUUCGCGCCACCUGCAUCCUAUUCUCAGCAACAACAACAAUGUACUACUGAAGACCCUGGUGUUUCAUUCAUCUACCAUCAUCCGAAUUCAAAAGCUGCCUAUCCGUUUUCAUCUCAAGGACCUCAGUCACAUCUUGUAAAUGGAUUGCCUGGUAGUGCUGCUAAUAUGUUGGAUCCCUAUGCUUCAGUAAAUCAGUGCCAAACAAUCUCACAACAUCUGAUCGAUGAAUUCGGUCGACUAAAUGUUGGAUGUGGUGUCGAAACAGCAACUUGUAGUGAUAAUGGGCUAAAUCAGUUGCAUGUCCCGUUUUAUGAAACCUCAGUUGUUGGGAACGGAAGUAAUGUUCAGUUACAUAAUACUUCAGUGACACAAUGGUCUCAUAUGAAAGAAAGUAACGGAAUUAGUAAUAGCAUGUGUUCUAUGGAUAAGUCCGAUAAUUUAUCCAGAUCACAAUCCAAUCCAAGUACUUAUCCAGCAAGCAGGUUAUCUACUUCAGCGAGUAACAGACCUGCACCAUCAGUUAUUGCUACAUCUGUCAAUAGUUCAUCACGUACAAAAACUUGGGCUAAUAUAGCAGGACAACCACCCAAAGGGUCAGCUGCAGUUAUUCAAAACUCUGUAGGAUGGUCAGCGAAAAGAUCUCAUCCUCACAAUCCAACAGCUGUUAACAGGUCUUUUCAAACUUCUACUGGGAACUAUUCAGUUGGUAGGGUUAAUUCUUUGAUGGCAAAUGCUUCGUGUAAUAAUGGGCAUUUAACACAACAAGACAGAGUUAAUACUGCGGACCAGUCAGGAAAUGUUCGUUCUUUGGCGGAAUCUAAUUCUGAGCUAAAGAGUACUUCGAAUAAUGGUAACCAUGCUGCAGAUAAUUCAACAUCCCUACUAACCUCAGAUGGAUCUGCACAAGCUUUUCAACGUGAGUCGGAAGCGCUGCACCAACGUUUGGCUAAGGUAAUUAACCCCAAUGAUUUCGACACACACAUAGAAAAGGCCAGAUUCUUUGUAAUCAAGUCAUUUUCCGAAGAUGAUAUCCAUCGUUCUAUUAAGUAUUCUAUCUGGUGUUCAACAGAACUAGGCAACAAGAAGCUUGACACAGCGUUUGCUGAGGCCAAUCAUGCCUAUCCAAUAUAUUUAUUUUUUUCAGUCAAUGGGUCUGGACAUUUUUGUGGGAUGGCUGAAAUGGUUUCUCGUGUUGACUAUAAUGCUAGAGCUAGUGUUUGGGCUCAAGAUAAAUGGCAAGGUAAAUUUUCGGUUCGAUGGAUAUUUGUAAAAGAUGUUCCUAAUACGGCAUUGAGACAUAUUCGCAUUGAGACAAAUGAUAAUAAACCAGUAACUCACUCUCGCGAUACUACAGAACUUCCUUUAGAACGAGGUAAACAAGUAAUGGAAGUACUUGCCACAUAUUCACAUACAUUGUCUAUUUUCGACGAUUUCUUUUAUUAUGAUCAACGAGAAAGACAAGAGGGAUUUCGUCGUAAAGAAUUCAAUACACGAAGAGGUUGAUUUGCGGACAAUAAAUUAGUUUGAAUGAAUCUCAUCAAAUGUUGAUUGCUAUUACACUUGUGUAACAAAAUUGGACUUUUACGCUCAUUUUAUGAUAAGAAAUGAAUGAUCUGGACAUUUCUUCCUCUAUCUUCCCCCGUAGUUCUCAGUUAGAGGCUGUUUUUAGAUGAUCUAAAAGCAAAAUUGUUUAGGUUUUCUCUCUUCUGCUACUUCGUUUUUUUUAGAAAAAAAUAUACAAACCGAAACCAAACUUUACUGUGAAAUCUUUUUUUCUACUUUAUCAUGUUAUAUACAGCCUCAGGUUAUAUAGCUUAUAAAAUUUACUUCCUUACUCUAACAAACUCUGUCUCAAGUUGUUUGGUCAAGUGGACAUUUAUGGAAAGAGGGAACACAGUAACACAAAUUUAACUAUUAAACAUGAGACAAGAAUAAUUCAAUGUAUAUCUCUUUUACUUAAAUACAGAUAAUUAUGUUAUAAUAUUAACAGUUUGGUAUUUCACAAGCUGAAAUUAAAAGUUACUUUGAUGUACUAGUUUUCUUGCUACAUUCAUUACUAUCCUUUAGAAUGUCUGGAAGAUUAUUAUUUAAAUAAAUAUUCAUUGGUAGAGGUACGUAGAAUACAUAAUUAAUCUGGGUCCCCGUUUUUAUUUACUUACCCACUUAAAAUUUACUUUUACUGCCAACUGACAAAACAAGGCAGACACUUUUUGAACGUGAAUCUUUUCUGAAGAACUGUUUUUUUUUACUUCUCAUCUGUAAUGUAUAUUUCUUUUCAUCAAGUAAUUAACAAUUGUUGCACUUAUUUUUUUUGUCACAUAUAUACAUCAUAUGAGU